AUGCAGGCCAUGCGCAACGACUCGAAAGACGCAGCUCUGAACGCUGCUGUACCGGAAGGGCCGAUCUCUCCUCCGCAAGUGCAGCAGACAAACAGUUCAUGGACGCACUUGGUAGCUGGCGCCGCUGGCGGCAUGGCAACCGCCCUCCUCACAUCUCCUCUUGACGUCCUCCGAACGCGCCUUCAAUCCGACUACUACCGCUCCCAGCUCAAAUCCACCACAACUUCCUCACACGCUCGCUUUUCCCUCGCCCGUUCCUUCAUUCAGCAUUUUAGCGAAACUUUCGAAAUUCUCUUUUCCAUCCACCGCGUCGAAGGCUGGCGCAGCCUGUUCCGCGGCCUUGGUCCCAGUCUCACAGGUGUGGUCCCGGCGACAGCAAUCAAAUUUUACGCAUACGGCAACUGUAAGCGCUUAUACCCGGAGGUCUUUGGUCUGGACAGAGAUGCGACGUCGACACAUGCGCUGUCCGCGGCCACCGCGGGCGUUGUGACAGGGACAGCGACGAAUCCGAUCUGGCUGGUCAAGACGAGAUUGCAGCUUGAUCGGACACAUGUAAAUAGUGAUGGGACUACGAGACCGCCGCAAUAUCGGAAUAGCUAUGAUUGUGUGAAACAGGUCAUUCGGCAAGAGGGUAUUAAAGGUCUUUAUCGGGGUUUGGCGGCGAGUUAUCUCGGCGUUAUUGAGACGACUUUACAUUUGGCUUCGUAUGAGCGGAUAAAGGUCGCUGUUGCGCGACAUUAUGAGCGAAAGGGGAAGACUCAGUCUGGUGAAGUUACGCAGGGCCUGAUUUUGAGUGGGUCCGCGGCUGUAUCAAAGCUUAUUGCUGUGCUGAUUGCUUACCCUCAUGAGGUCCUUCGAACUCGCCUCCGACAAGCCCCGAUGGCCGACGGCCGACAGAAAUACACGGGCGUCCUGCAGUGCCUCCGAUUAAUGGUCAAGGAGGAAGGGUUUGUCGCUCUGUACGGUGGUCUGACCGCGCAUAUGAUCCGGACGGUUCCCUCGGCUGCGAUCACGCUGGGAACGUAUGAGCUGGUGCUCAAGCUACUGAGCGCAUGAUGAUGCACCUCGUAGUAAGACGAUGAAAGACGACAACUGUAUAAUACGACUACUUUAGAUCCUCG